AAGAAGUUUCUAGGAAAGCGCUACCAGGAUGACACGUCCUCGCAGGAGUCAAGUUGUCUCUAAUGUUUCCACUGUGAACCCGCGCUGCUGCACCAGGUUGAAAGGUUUUAUAGUGAUGCGCACACUUUGAGGCUUUCCCUGCGAAGUGUUGUCUUGUUUCUGUGACGGACUCGAGAAUUUGGUUUGGUUGGACAGGAUUUAUGCACUUGAACAAUCAUAGUGAGCCCGUAAAAAGUCCAGUAAAUUAAGAUAAUUCAAAUAAAAUGUUAGGGCUACUUUUUAAGCUGAGAGAAACAUGUGUUGUCAUUUCAAAAUAUAACACUCAAUGACUGAAGUUAAAGAGUUGUCAUCCAGCCAAUUUUCAGAAAAUUGUAUUUAAUGUUGUUGUGGUCUACAUGCCUGUGUGUUUGUCACAGGGGGAAUCUCGUAGUUCACUUUUGAUCAGAGGUUAUUAUGUGUCUACAUAGGGUGCAUUCUGUCCUGCUUCUAUUUUCGGACGUGUCCAGUUACACAUUUUAGUCUUGACACUGAGUGAAGAUUCUGUCAGAAAUAUGCCUGCGUGUUAUAAAGUUAACUCUGUCUCGAGUCAAUUAAAUACAAACUGUACACAUCCACAAAGCUGUAGGCUGAUAGUUGACCUGAAAUGCUCUGUGAACUAUUGUGUGUGUGUGGGGGAAAAAAAGUGAAUCCAGCGCGCUGCUGCUGCUGCUGCUGCUGGGCUCCACAACAAGCCGCUGUCACAGGUUUUAUUCUAGAAAACUGUUUUACUCUGAGCCAGCUGCUCAGGGUUUGUUUGCAAUAUUAAAUCAAGGCGAAAGCAUCUUGCAGUUGAAAGUAAAUUUAUUGUUCUGAUCUUAUUUUUUGCAACAACAACAACCAACGUUUUCAGUAAAAAGCAAGCGGCUUGCUGAAACUGUGAUCUGUAUUUAGUUUGGUGUCUCGUAGUAAUCUGAGUGAAAAUCUGACAUCGCCAUGCUAGAGGAAGACCAAACUUUUCUUCCGUUAGAUUGAGUGCAGAGUGAGUUAUGAGAAAUGAUUUAAAGAGGCGCCAAAAGAUUUUUUUUUUUUAUUAAAUGCACAGGACAGCUAAUGGUCUUUAUUAUUAAGAUAGGCUCUAUACUUAUUUUUUUUAACUAAUCAGUCAGUUUAAUUCAUCUUUUAUUUUUGUUUUUUCAUUUAAAAAAAAAAGUCUAAAAAGAGUAAUAAUAAGACUGUUAUAACGGAAUAAGAUCAUACAUAUGUUUAACUGCGCCUGCCUUGUCCCUUUCGGUGUACAACAUGUUUUCCUUCAUCUUCGUUUGUAACUGAAACGUGUCAAUCUGUUGUUUAUAAAGAGAGAAAGUAAGCCAGAGAAAUUAUUCCAGAGGAAGAAAUUUAAAUGUCUAGACAGUGUUUGUUUAAUAAAUGGCGCCGCCUUCUGGAGGAACAGCUGUAUUUGUUUCUGGCGCUGCCACAUUGAGAAUCAUAAAUCCUUUCAGUCCAGUAAAAUCCUCCUUAAUGUGUCCUGUACUUCAGCCUGUAAACGCAGAGAACUUGACAAAAUGGCUUGCGCAGCAGACAGCUGCAUACAGUUCACACGCCAUGCAAGUGAUGUCCUGCUCAACCUGAACCGAAUGCGGAGCAGAGAUAUCCUCACUGAUGUCACCAUCCUGGUCAACAGGCAGCAGUUUCGUGCACAUAAGACUGUUCUCAUGGCUUGCAGUGGGCUGUUUUACACCAUCUUUACUGACUCCCACAAGUGCAACCUUAAUGCUAUCAGUCUGGACCCAAAGGUGGACCCAGAGGGCUUUGCCAUCCUGCUGGAGUUCAUGUACACCUCCCGUCUCACACUAAAGGAGAGUCUGAUCAUGGCCAUCAUGAACACAGCCAUCUAUCUGCAGAUGGACCACGUUGUGGACACCUGUCACAGAUUCAUUAAAUCCAGUGAUCCGGCUGCCAAGCUGCCCAGAGAUGAGUUUCUGGUCAGUCCGUUGGUUUUACCUCAGGACGUCCAUGCUUACCGGCCCCAUGAUGUUGUUGACAGUAUGCACAGCCGCGUAGCUCCGUUCAGGGAUGGGAGGCCCUACGGCUCCAACAUGUUCAACGGGGUCAGCACCCCCAGCAACUACCAUCUCUACGGGCAGUUUCCCAUGCCAGGGUUCCCCUUCCCGCUCUGCAAGCUCACUGAUGCCAAAAACGCUUUUGCUGACCUCUCAAAGAGCGCUCUUCACCACAAGCACUGUUCUCCGCACGACAGCGCCAACCUCAUCAGGGCAGAGUACAGCAGGGCGGUCGGCACCAGCACCUCCAACAUUAUUCACUCCACCACCUACGCUUCCAGGGAGGUAGGGAGAGAAGAGGAGAUGAGGAAGGAAAGCCACGAGGGGCUCAGCCAGUCUAUCACUCUUGCUACAAGGAAGCGUGCGUUUCCUGUGCUCACCCUCGAGCACCAGAAAGACUUGGGCAAAGAUCAUGCUCCCCAGGCUGAGGAAGACCUGAUCCAUCAGCACUACCCACUGGGCAUCUCCUCUACUGGGCGCAAGAGCCUCAUGAGCAGCCCGCAGAGCCCCCUCAAAUCAGACUGCCAGCCCAACUCCCCGACAGAGUCCAGCAGCAGCAAGAAUGCCGGACUCUCCCAAACCAGCGGAGUGCAAAACCUGCAAGGCACGCAGGACCCUAAAGCUCGCAACUGGAAGAAGUACAAGUUCAUUGUGUUGAAUCAGAGCGCUAAAGAGGAGGAGGUGGGUCUGCGGGAUCCCGGGCUGCGCUCACCUCAGAGACUCGGCAUGCAAGCUUACCUCCACCCCAGCGACUCGGAGAACCUCGACCCGCAAAGCACGAGCAAGAGCAGCGAUCACAGUGAGGACCUACCUGUGCCGCAGGCCAGCCGUCUCAACAACAUCAUUAGCAGCGCACUAGAGGGAUCUCUGAGAAGCAGCGACGGCCACCCUCCGCACUACUUGAGCCGCCUGAACUGCUCCACUUGCGGCACCCCGUCUCCACAGCACUCUGAAGUCUGCCCUAACUCGUCCAGGUCCCGACUAACAGAGGACAUGGCAGAGCUGCACUCCGAAUACUCUGACUCCAGUUGCGAAAACGGUACUUUCUUCUGUAACGAAUGCGACUCCAAAUUCGCCGAAGACGAAGCGCUGAAACAACACAUGCUUCAAGUUCACAGCGAUAAGCCAUACAAGUGUGACCGCUGCCAGGCUGCUUUCCGAUACAAGGGUAACCUCGCCAGCCACAAGACCGUCCACACAGGAGAGAAACCUUAUCGCUGUAAUAUCUGUGGUGCUCAGUUUAACAGACCAGCUAACCUCAAGACUCACACUCGCAUCCACUCAGGAGAGAAGCCAUACAAAUGUGAGACGUGCGGCGCUCGUUUUGUACAGGUUGCUCACCUGCGCGCCCAUGUGUUGAUCCACACGGGUGAGAAGCCGUAUCCGUGCGAGAUCUGUGGAACGCGCUUCCGUCACCUGCAGACGUUAAAGAGCCACCUGCGUAUCCACACGGGAGAGAAGCCCUACCAUUGUGAGAAAUGCAACUUGCACUUCCGCCACAAGAGUCAGCUCCGGCUGCAUCUCCGACAGAAGCACGGCGCCAUCACCAACACAAAGAUCCAAUACCGCAUGUCCACAGCCGACAUGCCCACUGACUUGACAAAGGCAUGCUGAGCUGGAAAAAAGGGAACUUUUUUUUUUGUUUUUUUCAAAGGAGGCAAUCUUGACCUUGGCAUUUAAAGACCCCAACUUGUACAAUCAUCCAAAAUUGUAGUGCCACACUGUGUUCAUUAGACAAUUCAAUUGGCUGUGUAUGCCACUCUAAACGGGUUUCCACUACAUGUGAACGUAGAGCCACGUACGGCAUCUUAGUCACUUUAUUGUUUCUAUAUAGAUAUAAAUAUAUAUAUAUGUAUGUUGAAGUGUUUCUAAGCUUUGAAAGUACGCAUAUAAAGCUUUAUUUUGUUGAGAGGGAUGGAAUGUAAACAAUCAGUUUUUUGAAAAUACAGUAUUUUAUAUCGGAGAACUUACUUUUCUGAAAGUAUUGAAAAUUUUGAUCGACCAGUGGUACAUAUAUUUUAAGAUAACGAGAUUUGCGGCUGUAUAGAGUUGACUAUACAUUUUUAUGUAGAUGUACGUACAUGUUGCACCACGUCAAGUUGCCAUUCUCAUGCGAAGAGAACGGGGGGGAAAGAGAGAAGACGUAGUAAUUUGGAUUAAGUGUAAAACAUAUCAGAUGACUGCUGCUGCUGUCUGAUGAGGAUAUGCAUGAGUUACUCUCUGACCAGUUGUCAGCGCACAUGAAGUGGGCAACUGCGUAAAUAUUGUGACAUAUUGUGUAAUUAUAUCUGUGGGAUUGUCUCUGCGGGCAGAGCCAAUCUUAAGUGUUGAAAUGCAUUUCAAGGUACUGCUUUGUGAUGACCAAGACAAUAUUUUGCUUCAGACGUAUUUGUAUAGAUGUGUUUUUGUUGGUUUGUUUUUCCAUAAGUGAAGGUUUACAGUUUUUUGCUCAUUGUUCUAGAUCCUACAGUGAAGUCGUGUAAGUGUUCAGGUAUUUGUUUGGUUUGUACAUACACUGUGUAUUCAAUGUGCCUUUCUCUAUGCUGACUGAAAUCUUCUGAUUUCAGCCCGGCUGUAUUAAGGUACAACUCAAGGACACCACUCGUCCUACAUCCCUCUGUUUAUGUGUGUGUGUGUGUGUGUGUGUGUGUGUGUGUGUGUGUGUGUGUGUGUGUGUGUGUGUGUGUGUGAGAGGGUGUGUGUGUAUAUAUUUUUAAAGGCUUGUCACCAAUCUUUAAACAUGCAAAUUCAUCAUUGUAAAUCUUCAGGACUUGUUUUUGGAUUGGGCUUUUUUAACUGCAUUAAAAUAAUUGUACAAUGUUAUUGAUGUAUGAAUGUAAAAUAAAGGUAAUGGAUUUCUAUGUA